AGGUACAUCCAUUUGCAGUGAAAAGGAUGAAGCUUUCGCUGCUAGUUAUUCUUCUCGGAAUGUUUGACGUAGCGUUGUCAUUGUCAAAGGAAGAGAAAGCGAAGAGGAAAAUAUUAUGCAAACAUUGCUGGAUCUGCGAUGAAGAGUCAUGCCGCGCAUUCGUUACGCUAUAUGACACGAUUUAUGAUGAAAUGAAAAAGAAAUACAACAUGAGAUUCUCGCCUUUCAAAACUAAGGAGGAGUGCGUCAAAGUAUGCAAUAAGGAAGCGUGAAGCUGCAACACAUCACUACCAACGUCUCAAAUACCU